AUGGAGAAGCUGCAGCGCCUCCUAAUUGCCAAUCGGGGAGAGAUUGCCGUCCGCAUCAUAACAACGGCGAAGAAACUCGGCAUCAAGACUGUGUCCAUCUACACGACCGCAGAUGCCGCCUCUCUCCACGUCUCCAAUGCUGAUGAGGCUGUUCUUUUGUCCGACGUCAACAGCUACACCAAUGUCGACGAGAUCCUGAAAAUUGCCAAGGACAAGAAAUGCGAUGCGGUCAUUCCAGGUUACGGGUUCCUGUCAGAGAAUGCCGCCUUCGCACAGGCUGUUAUCGAUGCCGGAUUGGCGUGGGUCGGUCCUGGACCUGACGCUAUCAAGUCCUUCGGUAUAAAGCACAUCGCUCGAGAUCUGGCACAGGAAGCUUCCGUCCCUAUCGUGCCUGGAACCAAAGGGCUUGUCGAGAGCGAGGAUGAUGCUCUCAAGCAGAGUGAGCAGAUUGGCUAUCCUGUCAUGCUCAAGAUCACUGCAGGAGGUGGCGGAGCGGGAUUGAUAGUCUGCAACAAUCCCGACGAAGCGAAGACUGGCUUCAAGACAGCCAAAUCCCGCGGCGAGGCCUUGUUCAAGGAUUCCGGCGUCUUCAUCGAGAAGUACUACCCAGAGAGCCAUCACAUCGAAGUGCAGGUCUUCGGCUCGAAUGAAAAAGCCAUCAGCUUUGGCGAGCGUGAAUGCUCGAUUCAGCGCCGGAAUCAGAAAGUCAUCGAGGAGUGCCCCAGUCCGUUUGUCGAGAAACAUCCAGGUCUGCGAGAGAAGCUUUGUACGGCUGCUGUGACUCUUGCGGAAACUGUAAAGUAUUCCUCGGCUGGCACCAUUGAAUUUCUUGUAGACGAUAAGUCCGCCGACUUCUUCUUCCUGGAGAUGAACACUCGCCUUCAAGUCGAACACCCGAUCACGGAGAUGUGCUACGAUGUUGAUUUGGUGGAGCUGAUGUUAAAGCAGGCCGACGGGGAGCUAGCAGGUAAAGGUGGGCUAUCUCAUGAGUACCUGGAAUCUUUGCAGAAAGCGGGCCCUACUGGAGCAGCCAUUGAGGCGCGAGUAUAUGCUGAAAACGUGCUUCGAGACUUUGCGCCCUCUCCUGGCCUCUUGACGGAGGUACACUGGACGAAGCUCGCCAACAGCCGUAUCGAUACUUGGGUACGAACAGGUCUUCGCAUUUCACCCAAUUACGAUCCUUUGAUCGCGAAAGUCGUUAACCAUGCAAAGACGCGCGAUGCUGCAAUCAAAGGCAUGGAUAUGCUUCUCUCGAGAUCAACUGUUGCAGGACCGCCAAACAACCUGGAAUUCCUGGCAGCAAUCAUGGAAGACGAGACCUUCAAGUCUGGAACAACGCUUACGUCCUUUCUUAAGAGCUUUGACUACAAGCCGAAUGUCAUCGAAGUCAUUUCUGCGGGCGCGUAUACUCUGGUGCAAGAUCUCGAAGGAAGACCAAAAGUCGCGAAAGGCAUUCCUCGCAGCGGCGCCAUGGACCCCAUUGCCCUUGCUGUAGGCAACCUGCUCGUAGGGAACGAACGCAAUAAGGAAGGUCUUGAGAUCACUCUCAGUGGACCUGAACUGCGAUUCUUGGGACCUGCCGUUAUUGCUCUGACAGGGGCACCGAUCGAGGCGACCCUUGACGAUUCGCCGUUUCCUAUGUGGUCGAGAAAGCACAUAAAACCAGGCCAGAAACUUACUAUCGGACGUACGACUGAUGGUGGGUGCCGCAGCUACCUUGCGAUUCAUGGCGGGUUCCCCGCGGUGUCAGAAUACUUCGAAUCAAAGUCGACAUCUCCUCUGGUUGCGAUUGGUGGUUAUCAAGGUCGACAACUCGCGCCUGGUGAUCAACUCAGCGUCGUCAAGAACACCCCCCAGAGCCUUGCAGGUCAUCCUGCGAUACCUGAGGCAAUUCAACCAAAAUAUACUAAGAAGUGGGAAGUGAUGGCACUGCCUGGUCCACACGAGGAAGGCUACUUGACAGACGAAGACAUCGCGAUGCUGUACAGUACGGAGUGGAAGAUCUCGCACAACGCCAGCCGAAGUGCAAUUAGACUUGUAGGUCCAGUGCCAAAAUGGGCGAGGUCAGACGGAGGCGAAGGUGGUUCCCAUCCCUCAAACUUGGUCGAGUAUGGAUACUCUUGCGGCACCCUCAACUGGACUGGUGAUGAAGGCUGUAUUUUUGCGCUUGACUGCCCCAACUUUGGUGGCUUCGCUUCAUCCGCAACUACCAUUCGAGCGGACUGGUGGAAGCUUGGCCAAUUGAAAGCAGGAGAUACCAUGCAGUAUAAGAGGGUGAGCUUGGAGGAAGCAUUAAACUUGCGCAAGCGUAACGAUGGGUACCUCGACGCGAUACAAUACGCGGUGGAGAAGGGCAGCUUUGACGGCGUGCCAGCUUUCAACCAGCCCUUCACUCCCUCUGGCAAUUACCAGAAGGCGGUACUGUGGGAACGACCUGCUUCGGAUACAAGUCCUCAAGUUCGGUAUCGCCAAGCGGGUGACGAUUACCUGCUUGUAGAGUACGGCAAUGAGCAGUUUGAUAUCAACUAUCGAUGCAGGGCCACAGCACUGGAGAAGGCUGUCAACUCCAAGGAUGCGCCUUCUUGGUUGAAAGAUAACUUGAUCACUACUGUAGGAUGCUGUACCAGCAUCACGAUCUGCUACGAUGGCGCCAAGCUACCGCGAGACAAGCUGAUUGAGCAUCUCCAGGCGCUGGAAGACCAGAUCGGUGAUCUGAGCAAGUCAAAAGUACCAUGUCGCCGCUUCAAGUUGCCGCUGUCCUUCGAGAGCAAGGAGCAAACAGAUGCAACGAAGCGCUACAUGGAAACGCAAAGACCUCACGCGCCCUACCUACCGGACAAUCUGGACUUUGUGGCAAAGAACAAUGCUUUCUCUGCCGAGCAGCUCAAAUACAACAUGCUCAAUGGUGAGCUGAUGUCCGUUGCCGUGGGCUUUUUCUGUGGGAACACUGUGUCUUUACCCGUGGACCCCAGGCAGCGAAUGUCUUGCCCGAAAGCGAAUCCGUCACGGGUGUUCACGCCUGAAGGCACUUUUGGGUGGGGUGGCUCUUGCGCCAGUAUCUAUCCUGUCGACUCUCCUGGUGGCUAUCAAAUGCUUGGCCGGACCAUUCCCUGCUUUGACUAUUACGGUUAUAAGGAAGGCUUCUCCCCCGACCGCCCUUGGCUGUUUGAAGACUUCGAUAUCCUCACAUUCUACGAAGUGAGUGAGGAUGAGCUCAAUCGAAUGCUUGGUCUGUUCAGAUCUGGCCAGUACAAGUUCGAAUGGGAACCUGCCGAGUUCGACAUGGCGGAACAUAACAAAAUGCUCGCCGACACUGCUGAUGAGGUUCGUGACAUCAGGUCGAAGCAGCGCAAAGUACAAGAAGAGAUGAUACAGGCAGAGCAAGAGUCCUUGGAACGUUGGCGUGCGGAGAAGUCCAAGAACAAGCCUGAUGAGAGCACAAUCGAGAACCUCCUUCAAGAUCCGCAGAUCACUUCGAUCGAAGCACCUGUGGAUGCCAAUGUUUGGAAGGUGGAGGUCAAGGAGAAGGAUGAGAUCAAGCCGAACCAGCUUGUGGCAAUCUUAGAGGCGAUGAAGCUGGAGAUCAACGUCAACGCUCCAGAAAGCCUCAAAGGUGGUGGCAUUGUUGAGAAGCUCUUGAUAGAGCCGGGAGAGACGAUCAAAGCAGGUGGGCGAAUCGCCUUGGUUCGACGGCGGGAAAAUUGA